GUGAACCUUCACAACGUGUUUAACACGUAACCGCGACUCAUCAACUCAACACACCAAGAUGGCUGAAAAUGAGUAUAAUAACGUGUCAUAUGAAGAGGAUGACCACAGGGUAGCCUUCAUCUUCAACGCCAACCCCGGAGACAGUAGUAGCAGUAGUAAACCAGCUGCCCGUCCUACUAAGAGGCGCAAAGUUGUCAAGGCAGAUGCACCGGGCCCGCAGGAGGGGCUUCAAGCCGGACCUGCAUUCCCUCCACUCUUCAACGGUGCCGAGGGACCCGAUGCAGUUCGCAUACGGAGGGAGCUCUUCGAGACGGCGUGGCCCGUUCUGGAGGGCCGUAUUCAGCACGUCCUGAGGGAAGCCAACCGCGCCACCCUCGACCAGGUCUCGUCGUUCUUGCAGCAGGCCGCUGAGGUUGAGACAGACAAGAUCCCGGCAGGCUUCAUCAUCACCGGCCCGAAUAUCGCAUCCCAGGACCUCCUGUUCGAGCAGCUGGCUGAGCGGCUCUGCACGGCGGCCCGGGCGCGCUUUGUUCGACUGCGGGCGUCGGAGGCGCCGCAUCUUAAGGCGGCGUUGAAGAAGAUCAUCCGGGAUGCCACGGCGAGGGCGGCUGAUGAGGAUGACGAUGUGGAUGCCGAAGUCAUGCAGGGUGGGAGGAAAUACCUCGAUUACGACCUCGAAUCGCUACACGUGUUUUUGAAUCAGCAACAGCAGCAGUCGCGGCGCGUCGUUGUCGCGUUUCAGGACAGCGAGGCGUUUGACAGCGGCUUGUUGACGGACUUGAUCACGCUCUUCCAUUCCUGGCGUGGCCGCAUUCAGUUCGACCUCCUCUUUGGCGUUGCUACUUCUGUCGAGUUGUUUCAGGCCCGCCUUCUCAAAUCUACCGCCCGCCAGCUCUAUGGUGCCCAGUUCGACGUCGUGCAGGCCAACUCCGUCCUCGAUAGCGUCAUCAAGAGUGCUGUUGCCGGAACACAGGCUAAACUCAGGAUCGGGCCGUCGCUGCUCCGGAGUCUGGUCGAACGCCAGCAGGACCAGGUUGCCGGCAUCCAAGUGUUUAUCAGUUCGCUGAAAUACGCCUACAUGUGUCACUUCUACGCGAACCCGCUCAGCGUGCUGCUUGCCAGCCAUGACAGCUUGGACCGCAAGCUCCUGCAGCCGGAGCACAUCGAAGCUGUCCGGACCCUCGACUCCUUCAAGGCCGAGACCGAGGCCGCGGUCGACGCAAGACAGCUAAACCACGCGCAAUCCUUGAUUGAGGAUGAUGACUAUCUAGUUGGACAGAUUCUAGAGCAGGAGGAGAAGCGACAGGCGUAUCUGCUGCGUCUCUUACGCGCACUGCAUCUUCUGACAUCCACCGGCCUGAGCUCAACUUCCUUCACGGACCUCUACAUCCUCGCCCUAGGCGAUGGUAUCGAUAUCGAUCAAUCGUCCGGGACGGUUCCUCUGGAAGACGCCGUGAAGCGGCAGGGCCCGGACGAGUUCCUAUCACUUAUCGACCGCUUGCUAAGCGCCGUUCAAGCCGGAAACUCAGAACUAGGCCUCGAAGGCUGGGAGUCGGAUGCCGAGGAUUUCGUGACGUCGUUAACAGACCUCCGAGACGAAGUUGACGGCCUAAUGGAGCGCACUAAAAAGGGUAACGGCACCGCCCUCAAAAGCAAAUACAGCGCUCAAAGCAGAGUCAUGCGCACCACCGUCGUUGCGCAGAAAGUCCAGCUCAGCCGGGACUCGGCAACCCUGUCCGAGGAAGACAAAGCCUUCACCAACGCCAUCGACGCUUUGUUGGGCCUCUUGUCCCAGGCUUUACAAUGCGACCCGGUUGACAAUCUCUUUCUUCACGAGGUUUGGGUCUUCGACUCCAAGUCACCCUACCGCGACGUCUUUGUCCCCCGCCCGGGCGCCACCUUCGGCCGCGCCCUCUCCCGCCCGCACGACUACCUCGCUUGUGCGUGUUGUGGCAGAGCGAACGGCGGGCUUGGGUCGACACUGCCCGCCACGUCCAUCUUGUACCACCUCUAUCUAGAGGCCGGCGCGCUCAUCAACGUGGCAGAUCUGUGGUCGGCAUACUACGCCCUUGUUGGCGAGGAGUCUGACGUCGGGCUUGACGAGCGGUCGGCCCUCGUCCACUUCUACCGCGGCAUGGCAGAGCUCAGGAUGAUGGGCUUUGUGAAGCAGAGCAAAAAGAAGGCUGAUCACGUUGCCAAGUUGAAGUGGCUGUAGGCCAACCGGAUCCGGACCAGCGUCCCCGACAAUAACCCCCCGACAAUACUGUUGCUGUUGAGAAUGUAUUGUUGGGAAUUCGGGAGCGGCGGGAGGUAUCUUUGGAAUGCUCCUUCA